GAAAAGGGAGGAAAGCCCAGAAGACUCGGGGUCAUCCGCCUCCUCGUACAGCUCCUGUGUUCCUCGGACGUUGAAGUCAGGGGGGACCCCGUUAGUGAUUAUGAAGGCAGUUUCCUCCCAGACUGUUUCUCCUCGGUCGAUAUCUCCGCACCUUGUUUCUCGAUCCUCUUCUCCUCGGGUCCGGAGGGGAAAGGGGGAAAAGCGGAACCACAGCGAUCAGUAUGAGACCAGUGACUAUGAGGAAAGGCAUGGACAGAAGCUGAAAAAGAGACGGUUGAAGCGUAGGCCUAAUCAGAUCGAUUUCCUUAUCCCACAAUGGCCGGGGACAGCUUCAAACAUGGCCACCUCAGCCAGUUCUCACUUGAACAAAAAUAUCAAGCAGAUGUACAUGAACCUGCCUCAAGGAAACAAAGUCCUGGCCAUGUACAUUUGGAUCGAUGGCACUGGUGAGGGACUGCGCUGUAAAACUCGGACCCUAGACAGUGAACCGAAGAGCAUCGAUGAACUACCUGAAUGGAAUUUUGAUGGCUCCAGCACUUUUCAGUCCGAAGGCUCUAACAGUGACAUGUACCUUAUUCCUGCUGCUCUGUUCCGGGACCCCUUCCGAAAGGACCCCAACAAACUGGUUUUCUGCGAAGUUUACAAGUAUAACCGCAAGCCUGCAGAGACCAAUUUGAGGCAUACCUGUAAACGGAUAAUGGAUAUGGUGACCAACCAGAAACCCUGGUUUGGUAUGGAGCAAGAGUAUACUCUCAUGGGAACAGAUGGACACCCUUUUGGUUGGCCUUCCAAUGGAUUCCCUGGACCCCAGGGUCCAUAUUACUGUGGCGUGGGAGCUGAUAAAGCCUAUGGAAGAGAUAUAGCGGAAGCUCAUUACCGGGCUUGCCUAUAUGCUGGAGUCAAAAUUGGGGGGACAAAUGCUGAAGUAAUGCCAGCUCAGUGGGAGUUCCAGAUAGGACCGUGUGAAGGGAUUGAAAUGGGAGAUCACCUCUGGGUUUCCCGCUUCAUCCUCCAUCGAGUGUGUGAAGAUUUUGGAAUGAUCGUAACAUUUGAUCCCAAGCCCAUCCCUGGAAACUGGAAUGGAGCUGGUUGCCAUACUAACUUCAGUACCAAGGCCAUGAGAGAAGAGAAUGGUCUAAAGUUUAUUGAAGAAGCCAUCGAGAGAUUAAGUAAACGACACAAGUAUCACAUCCGAGCCUAUGACCCCAAAGGGGGUCUGGACAAUGCCCGUCGCCUGACAGGUUUCAAUGAGACAUCCAACAUCAACGAGUUCUCUGCUGGUGUGGCCAACCGCGGCGCCAGCAUCCGAAUUCCCAGGAUGGUUGGGCAGGACAAGAAGGGCUACUUUGAAGAUCGCCGCCCCUCUGCCAACUGUGACCCUUAUGCAGUGACAGAGGCGCUUAUCCGUACCUGUCUCCUCAAUGAGACAGGAGAAGAACCCUUUCAGUAUAAAAACUAAGUGGACUAGACCUACAGAUACCUUCUGUAUCCCCCACCCCAUAACCCUUUUCUCAUGCCCUCUUCCACCUCACCUCUCCCCUCUUCCAAGUUUUCCUACUAGAUGUAACUCAGGGCACAAAAUACCAUGUUUUUUUGUGCCCACAGAUAACUCCUUGCUUUUUUUUUUUGUGGGGGAAGGGGAGUAGGGUUGGGAUGUUUUUAAUCUUUUUUUUCCCCAUCAUUGAUGACUUUUUGAAGACUGAGAUAAUAGUAUGUUAGUGGGGAAAAGGGGUUGGGGAACGUAACCACUGCUUCCAUCUAAUCAAGUUUGUACAUCAACAGAGACUUGUGGCUUCCAGAGGAAAAAAAUAAAAGAUAUUUGAGAUGGGCGGGUUGGGGGAGAGUGGAUGGGUAGGAGGAAUUAUGAGUUUUUUUGGAAGGGAGGAAGAAGAGUAUUAAAUUCAUAUGAGACUGUAAUCUACUUUUCUUAACAGAUAAGAAUUAGUAAGGGUUGGUGAUCUCAACUUGCAGGAAAACAAACCCUUUGUCUUCUAGCUGUACGGGGCUCUUUGUUUUCCCUGGCUUAGAGGGGAAGCCUUUGGUCAGAAGAUAAUCUUGUAGACUGUGUAAACCAAUGGGGACUGCUCAGUUUUAAAGAGAAAAGGAACCUUACCCACUCAUCCUUCACUCAAAAUAUUUUUAUAUUUAAAUUUAAAAACAAAAAAACUUUGAGAUGUAUGGACAUGGUGCCCUGGGGUGGAAAAGCAGAGCAGGUGGGAAGGUAUGGUCAGAAGCAGGGAGUUCCUGCUAAGAAGAAAGGGUUGUUAGAAAGGAACUGGGACAAAAAAAAAAGCUGGCCAUCUUUUCAACUUAACCCUCUUGCCCGUCCAGAUAGCGAUGGUCACAGCUAAAGGCAGCCUGAACCACCAGUGGCUGUGAUUUUAACAAGCACAUAGUGAAUGAAGCGCACAUAAGUGGGGAAGGGGGGGUGGGGGGUGGUAAAAAGUGAGUUGGCUGGUCAACUUAACCAUGUUACUGACAAGGCGGGGGAGGGAUUAUGGGUGUUUAUUUUCUGGUGGGACUAGCAUGUCACUAAAGCAGGCCUUUUGAUAUAUUAAAAAAAAAAACCUUUAUAAAGGCAAAACAAUUUUAGAUUCUAAUGUUUAUAGGGUUUCUAUAAGUUGUACAGUUUCAGAGUUGCAUGCAUCCUAGUAUGUUCAAGCUGUCCCCUUGCCUGUCUCUUAGUGAUGAGGUUGGGGUUCACUGUUCUGGGUUCAGACACUUGUGAUUUUGUACCCUGGUAUCUUUUCUGAGUGCCAGAUCUUCCUUUGCUUUUUUUGUCAAGAUUUCUGAAUAGUUUUUUCCUUUUAUAAUAAAAACACAGAACAAAAAUACCCUUAAGCCCUAGCUGUCCCCCUUGCUGCUCUCUGGUUUGUUAUGCCAUUACUGACUUUGUUGGACACCUUUGGACAGUGUUGUAUGGAUUUCCCAGCUUUGACCUCGAGCUGGUUGUUUUCCCACUCAGCCUUGCUUUGAGGAAUUCUCAUGGUCAUGUACAGCAUGUUCAGAAUUUAAUAUUACUGUAUUUUAAACAAGCUACUUAAUUGCUAGCAAAUCAACCCAGAGUUUAUAGAUUCAUUUUCAUUGACAUUCUCAGCAAGUUUUGUCUAUCCCUACAUAGGAUUCUAACAUCAGCCUUUUAAAAAAAAAUACCUCCCCUUCCCCCCCACUGCCAUCCACCUCUUGCCUUUCCUUCAAGUUACAAAUUCCAAGUACCUCAUUGCUUCUUGGGAGCUGAUGGUUUUUGAGAACUAGAGAAUUAUCUGAAUAUAUUGCUUAGGGAUGCUAUUGUCAUCAUUUCAGAGAAAAAAAAAAGGUCUUAUUACCUCUGUUUUACCAGAAGUCUUAUUAAAUAGUAAAAUUACUUGAAAUGAU